GCCUCGCACCGGCCCAUCAAGGGGAUCCUGAAGAACAAGAGCUCUACGGCUUCGUCCGAGGUGGCCGCGUCCGAGCAGCCCCGCGGGAGUGUGGACGAGGAGCUGAGCAAAAAAUCCCAGAAGUGGGAUGAAAUGAACAUCCUGGCAACAUAUCAUCCAGCAGACAAAGACUACGGUUUAAUGAAAAUAGAUGAACCAAGCACUCCUUACCAUAGUAUGGUAGGUGAUGAUGAAGAUGCAGUUAGUGAUUCAGAAUCCACUGAAGCCAUGACCCCAGAUAUCUUAGCUAAGAAGUUAGCUGCUGCUGAAGGCUCAGAGCCAAAGUAUCGCAUUCGGGAACAAGAAAGCAGUGGAGAAGAGGAUAAUGACCUCUCACCUGAAGAACGAGAAAAAAAGCGACAGUUUGAAAUGAAAAGGAAGCUUCACUACAAUGAAGGACUAAAUAUUAAAUUAGCUAGACAAUUAAUUUCAAAAGACCUCCAUGAUGAUGAUGAAGAUGAAGAAAUGUUGGAGACUGCAGAUGGAGAAAGCAUGAACGUUGAAGAAUCACAUCAAGGAUCUACUACAAGUGACCAACAGCAAAACAAAUCACAAAAUUCAUAGAAGCAAUUUGUUAAAACAGUGCAAUUGUUUGUCAGAUACAGACCUUGUUACUAUGAUACACUGCUUCUUGUUCUCCACAGUUCAUGACUAAGUACCAAAAUGCAUACCAGUUACAUAUUGCCAAGAAUUAAAUGAUAACCUUAGAGACUGAAAAUGCCUAAUUGAUACAUAUAUUCUUGUGCCUAGUAUUUCAUAAAUACAGUGUAAUGUCAUCAGUCCAAAAUUGUGUUACUUUUGUAAGAACACUGGUUAAUUUGUAUAAGAUAUUAUAUAGCUUUUUAUGCUUUAGAGGUUAAGUAGUAUCUUUUAAGGGGGGAGGGGAACUAAUUUAUUUUCAUCACAUCUACAUGUGGUAGCUCUUAUAAAAAGUUUGUUGUUGUUUUUCCCAAGCAAAAGCCAGUUGGAACAAUAGGAUAUAUAUAGACUGAUGAAUAUUCAGGCUGAGAAGUAUUUUAACCCUGUCUUCAACUUAAUUUUCCCGUUUAGUUAAAAGGAUUAUAAGAAUUACUGUUAUGUUUUCUGGCCUCCUACUUACAAAAUUUGUGGAGUUUCUUUGUGUUUACAAGGAAAGAAUUGAAAUUUUUCUCAUGAAAACUAGCUUUUUUUCCCCUACAAAUUAGCAGGAUAAACGUGCACUAACAUCGCUGGGUUUUUUGUUUUGGUUUUGGUACACUGGGCAUACUUCAGAAUCGUUUUUUAAAUAAAUGCAAUUGUAAUUUAGCUAUCUUAGCAUUCCCUUUAUGUAAAUGUCUUUUAACCCCUGCUUUUGUUUCUCACUCCUUUCCAUACACACACACACACACACACACACACACACACACAAUCCUCUUUGCCUUUUAAAGAAUCGUAAAGGUUGUCAUGACUUUAGGAACUCUUCUUUUCCUCACAUAAUCUGUUAUUUUCAAUAAUGAAAUUCUUAUUUUGACCAUCAAUGCCUAUUAAUUCUUCUAGUGCUUGAAGGAUGUAGAUUGAGUAGCGGAAUACAGGCAGGAAGUACAGUUUAACUGCUGAAUCACUGUACCUCCCUGAUUUAUAGCUCACUAAUUAAAUCACUGUUAUCUGUUUGACUUAAUUAGACCUUCGAGAAUAAUUAAAUGAUGGUUUUUUUGUUUGCAUGAUGAGAGAAUUGUGUGCAACUAGUGCUAUGAUUGCUCCUGAAUGUACAGACGGAAGUAAGCCUGAACAUUUUUUAAUUUAAAAAGUUUAAAUAGUCCCUGCCUUUAAGGGAAUAUGAUAAUGUAUACUAUGACAAAUGUACUUUAUUCUUCUAACACAGUAAGAAUUAUUUGGAGAUUUUUCCUGAAAUGAAGUGCAGUUCCUGUGUAUCUUGGUUUAGUAAUGGUUUCAUUUCUAGUCAAUUAUUUGUAUCUUAAUUUUUUAUUAGUUCCAAAAGAAUCCACUAUAUGAACAGACUUUUUAAAUAAUUUCUGUAUAUUAUAUAUAUUAAAUGGCUUUUAUUGAACAGCUUAUCUUCCACUUGCAAGUUUAUGAAAAUAUCAAUAUGUCAAAAUAAAUAAAAAGUGGGAGAACUCUUUGCUGUUAGAAGAAUGUACUUGUUCUGAUUGUCUUAUUUUACCCCCCAAUGGUACCUAAUCAUAGUGCAUCUGAACUGUAGGUACAGUAUUCUAAUUAAACAUUUUAAUUAGUAAUACCACCCAUUUAUAAACAAGACAGUGUUUAUCUCUCUGAAUUUAGAAUAUUGGGGUUAUCUUAUCUGUCUAAACUUACUUUGAGUGAUGUGGAGAUUAAGACUAAGCACGUGUACACAUGUUCAUUCACCCAAACCUCUGUUUUUUGGUUUUCUCAUUUUUGAGUUCCUAGAAAGUAUCCACAUACUUUCUUUAUAGCAGUGGUUCAUGUACAGUGAAGAAAGCUAAGAUCUGACAGAUGAUCUUUUAGUGUUUUCUACAAACUUAAGGUGGUCUCCUAGCUUAACAAUGGUUCAACCUAAAAUUUGCCACUUCAUGAGCGAUGUGUAUUCAGUAGAAACCAUACAACCAUUCUGCUCUUCACUUCAAUACAGUAUUCAAUAAACUGUGUGACAUAACCAGCCCGUUGAUAUAAUAGACUUGUGUUAGGUGAUUUUACCCAACUCAUUCAAGUGUCUGAGCAUGUUCAAGAUGAGUAGGCUGAGCUACGAUGUUCGGCAGGUUAGGUGUAUUGAGUGCAUUUUCAACUUAACAAUGUUUUCAAUUUAUGAUGGGAUUGAUCAGGAUAUAACUUUAUCAUAAAUAAAGAAUAUUUGAAACUUAAA